AUGGGCGCCCGGGACCUGGAUGAUGACCGCUUCGCCCUGCGGCUCUUGCUGGGCUCGGGGCCCAAGCGAGGUGCGCACUUGAUGGAGAUCUCCCGGGAGACGGAGAACCGGCAGCAGUACGCGGAGGUGGUUCUGCCGGAGCUGCUGAGUUUGAUCCCUGCUUGCGAGGAUGCCGCCGGUCAGAGCUGGCAGUUUCACUGGCGCCGAACUCCGGCGGAAGGAAACAAACCGCGAGAAACGCCACGCGUCGCACGUGCGGCAAAGCGCAUGCCGAUCAUCAAGGAGGAAAGGCUGCAGAAGUACGAUGCCGAAGGCUUCAAAUUCGAUCGGAUGAAGGCAGAAGUUUCCGACGCCAUCAAGGAAGAUUGGAAGCGAGAUGCCGUCGAUGACGCCAAAAAGCGUGCAAUCACAACGACGGCCAACUACGAUGAGUUCAGACAGCGUGUGGCCGGUUGCCAUUUGAAGCCGAUCCACAAGAACGAGUUCAAUGCUCCGCCAAAGUUUGCGUACAACAGGCAAUCGGAGCAAGCCUCGGCCACCUCUACCCCCAUCGUGCCUGCGACGGUCAUAGACAGAGUCGCCGGAGCCUGCAAGCAAGGAGAACUCCGCAAUAUGCGGGAGCUUGACAAGGAGCUGAGGCGGCGACAGACCGCUGAGGAACGGGCAGAGCUGGUGCUGAGAAUGGCCCCAGACUCUGUGAAGCGAGUCUUCCGGGAGAUGGAUGCGGAGGUCUUCCAGAAAGUCUUGGAGUCCUUAGAGCAGGCGGACCGGGGGGCGGUGCCCUUGGGGGCGGCACGGCAGUUCCUCUCGCAGAUGGCCACGCUUUGCCCCUCCUCAACCUCACAGGCUGCUGCCUUCUUCUCCGUCGAGGAGCGAGGUCUGGUGACCCGCCUGCUAGCCAGAGACGAGGCGCAGGUGGAGGAUCCUGAAGUGGUUCGCCUUUGUGCCAGCUGGGGCAUUACGACCUCCAGCCUGGCGGCAGUUUGGGUAGUCGAGGGCCAGCAGAUGCUUUCGCUCUGAGCCGCGGAGGUGCGAGUGCAGCUGCCAGAGACACGAAUCCCAAUUGCAUGGACUG